GAUGUGAGCAAAUCAGAGCGCAACAAUAAAUCGCAUGUGUGCUGUGUGUGUGUUAGUCGCGGGUCGAUGGUCCUGCACGGUGCGCACGCUGUGGAUUUAAUCACGACGGCAGGCAGCGCUUGUUCCACACACACAUCCUCUGUCUGGGGCAGGCGAGCGUCAGAGAGUGGAACCUUCAGCCAGGAGCAGCACGAAACACGAUAUUCUGUGGAAAAAGAUCUACAUGAAACUGGUUUUCAUGAGGAGCACCUAUCCAGAGUGUUUGAUGAAGUGAUGGGGCUGGGAGACUUCGCUGAAUCCUCUAGGGGCUCUGCCACUUCUUCUAAGAGUGGAGGUCAGGAGGAAACAAAAGCAGUAGAUGAAACAUCAGGACAAGAGGAACAGCAACCGAUUGAAGAAGAUGAUAGCAAUGGCAGUAGACCAGAAGAAAAGAUGGAUGAGGAGGUGGUAGAAUCUCCCUUUCCCCGCAUUUCCUCCCCUCCUUCUGGCCGACCCUCCUCAUUUACCAUGAGAACCAAUGAAGGAGGAGGAGGAGGAGGAAGUGGAGGGGCAGCAUUUGAUGAUGCCCUGGAUGGCCUUCCUCUGUACGGGCCAGAAGAAGAUGAUGAAGAUUGGCACUUUGCCCUGCCAAUGGGCUCCUUGGAGGACGUCGAUGUGGAUAAGGCAAACAGACGAAAAAGCAAAACGGACAAGGUGAACAACUCAAGUCAAGGCGAUCCCUUUACUCAUGAGCCCAGAGGAGGGGAGGAGGAGAAAGAGAGGGAUGAGAGCACAGAGUCUGCCAACACUUCCCACUCCUCCCAGGACAACACACCUGACAACAGCCGAGAUGGUGGUGCCCUGAACGAGGGAGAGGAGACAGAGGACAGCCAGCAGGGAGAGCGGUCAGAAGCAGCUCCGGUGGAGGACAGUAAUCCCCCGACGUCUCCGACUAUCAAUAUUAAAGAUGAGCCUAUUGAUGAGGGCUACGAUGCUGCUUUACUGCCUCAGAGCUCCAUCAGGCAAAUCAAAGAGGAGCYGGAGCAUCAGGAGGAAGAGCUGAGAAUCAGUUCUGUCUACUCUGUAGGAGGAGCAAACACCUUUGUGUSUCCUGCUGUGCCAGCAGCAAUCCCUGCCCCACCCCCAGCAGCCAUUUUUAUCCCAGGUAGAGGUACAGUCCUACAAGCUAUGACUCAGCUUCCUGUGAGACCAACAAUUUCAAUCCAAGGUUCAAUACCAGCUUUGGCAGCAGUGCCCCAACGCCCACCUCAGCCUCCUGUUCCUGGUAGUGUUCGCUGCAGUGGCUGCUCUAAGGUUCUGCUGAAAGGCCAAACAGCAUUCCAAAGAAAAGGUUCGACGCAGCUCUUCUGCUCCACAGUAUGUCUGACUGGACAUCUGCCUCCAGCACCCAAGAAUAGAUUGUGUUUCCAGUGCAACAGGGAGAUCGUUCAGCCCAGGGACAUGAUCACGAUUCCCGCAGAUGAAAACACAUACAUGCACUUCUGUGGCCAGUUCUGUCUGUCUGUCUUUAGACACAAGAAGAARCAUAAUGACAAGCCUCCUGACAAAUGGGCUGAAAAACGACUGGAGAAGAAGCCAGAGAAGCCGCCUGAGAAACCAGUGGAGCGACAGCCUGAAAAAYCCUUCUGCAGUGUCUGCAAAGUUACCAAUAGGAUUGAGCAUGAGGUCACCCAUCAAGGUCGUCUGCACAGGCUCUGUGGUGAUGCUUGUUUUGUAACAUGGCGCAAGAUGCGUCACUUAGCCAUGAACUGCUGUGAAGGCUGCGGACUUUACUGUAAUAGCAGCUCAGGCUCCUGUCAGACUCUCACAGUGGAAAGAUCUCAGCUCAACUUCUGUAGUCCUACUUGCAUUGGCACCUACAAACAGACCUGCAGAAAGACAGUGGACUGUGCCUACUGUCACAAGAUGGCGGUGGUGUCCUCCACCAUCAUGGAACGAGACCAAAAGGGCAAAGUUCAACUUUACUGUUCACCUCUUUGUGUUGAACAGAGCCGACCACCCCGACAUAUGCUCAGCGGUACUCCAUUCCCAUGCAGCCUGUGUAAGGUGACAGCUGUUCCUCAGUAUCAUCUGGCCAUGGUGGACGGCACCAUUCGUAACUUCUGCUCCUAUGACUGUGUUUCCAUAUUUAGGAAAUCUGGACACCCCUCUCAGCCAGACCUGACCAAUGGAACCUCCUCUCUCAGGGACCCCUCCAUCAGAGAUGCAGCCAAACCAGGGCCCUCUGCUGGUGCCAGCUCAGUUCCUCCCAUUCCUCAGGACUACCCAUCUUCAGUCCCCUACCCAGGCCAUCAUCCCAGUCAUACCUCAGUGCCCCCAGUUGUACCUCCCUACAUAGCAUUGUCCUCCCCCUCUGUCCCAGGGCAAGCACCAACCAGAGUACACCCUGGUCAGCCCUCAAAAACAACUGAAGGUGGACACAUUGACACCUCCAGACUGACCUGCCAUCAGUGCAGCAAACACUUCAGCAGCAAGCCAACACUAUUCAGUCACCAAGGUCGUAUUUCUAUGUUUUGCAGUUCAACGUGCUGUGAACAAUAUAAAACCCAGAAAAAUAUCCUGGCAGUGUGUGAAUGCUGUAAACGGGAGAAGGUCCUCUUUGAAAGCAUCAGCUACAACCAGCAGGAAGUGGUCUUCUGCAGUGAAAACUGUAAGGUUAUCUACAAACAUGAGCUGACCUCUCGUAACAGGGAUAAUACCUGGCGUCCCUGCUCCUACUGCUCCAGCAUCAGCCAGAAGAUGCUGCACAGUCAUUAUGGCGGCAAGAUUGAGGAGUUCUGUAAACCCCACUGCAUGUCCCAGUACACUGUGAUCUACUAUGGGAUGGGGAGAUGUGACAGUUGUAGGAAACAGGGCUACAUGACGGAGAAGCUGCAGUGUUUGGGUUCAGUCCGUAACUUCUGUUACCUGCCCUGCCUUCUACAUUACUGCCACCAUCAUUUUGAGACAAGUCAAAUCACCAACAGUAACGGUACUGGAACGGCCCCACAGACACCAUAUGCUCCUACCCAGCCACACCACUCCUCAAAGAUGAAUCCUGUCAUAGCUGAUGUCGUCUCAUUGGCCAGCGGCUCUGCCACUCAGCCUAGUGUGUCAGCAGAUACUGCUCAGACUGGAGCUCUUCCAACCUCCAUUGACGGCAAGAACCAUGACCAUGCGAGUACACAGACUGACGCCAUGCGUGUGCCUGUGUCCCGUCGACGUCAAAUGAAGAACAAGUCGGUUCUGUGUCGACCCUUCACCAUGGACCAAGAGAGCAUGUGCCAGCUGCCCAUUGAAUCAGAAGCUCAGUCCUCUCCCUCAGUGACCACCUCAGCCAGAGAGGAGAAGGUGAAGGUGAUAAUGGUACCAGUCCCAGUUCCGGUCUUCAUUCCAGUGCCUAUGAAUAUGUACUCCCAGUACACACCUGUACCGAUGGCAAUGCCCAUGCCUGUGCCAGUACCCAUGGUGGUACCACCACAGAACAAGGAGAUGAAAGAUGCAGCUGUCCAAUCAGAUCCUUUGGAUUUGAAGAAGGAAAAACACGGUGAUCAGCCAGUUUCCACUGCAGACCAGAGGAGUUCCAGUGCAGACGUGGAGUCACAAGUGGUCGAUCCCACAAUCCGUGAAAAUGAGGACACUCCAAAAGCCGUUCAAGCCGAUCUGCCUUUGACUGUAAGUUCCGAAAGGAGUACAGGGUCUAGUGAACCCCAGGUUGAAGUCCAGCCAGAGAGCACGACAACAAGUCAGCCACCGACCACCAGUGAGCCACCGACCACCAGUGAGCCACCGACCACCAGUGAGCCACCGACCACCAAUGAGUCACCGACCACCAGUGCCGAGCAUCAACCUCCCUCCUCUCCAAUGAUGGACUUGGAGACGGACUUCCCUUCUGUGUCAGUUGGUCAGAAGUCGACUGCUCCACAGCGAGGAGUGAAGAGACCCAGAGAAGGUUUCUCUGGCAGGAAACGGGGACGAAGACGGACUGUUUUGGACCGCAGUGUAUUGGAACCUCCUGCCGCCUCCAAACUGAACCACCUGUAUGGGGUUAAAGCCUGGAAGUGCUGGGUCCAGCAGCGCAACAAACAGCCACAACAGUCCCCCCUAGUGGACGUUAAAGAAGACAUCCUUCAAUGUGACUCUGCUGAGCUGAGCUUUGCUCUGUCUCGCUUCAUCAGAGAAGUGAAACGGCCCAAUGGAGAGACCUACAGCCCAGACAGCAUCUUCUACCUCUGUUUGGGGAUACAGCAGUAUCUGUUCAUGAAGGGCCGCAUAGAGAACAUCUUCACUGACGAGCUCUACAGUCAUUUUGCCACUGAGAUCACCGGGAUGCUGCAAUUCUGGAAGCCUAAACUACUACCUAGUGGUGGUGUUGUUUCCUCCCGUGUUGAAGAGUCCUACCUGUGGGAGUGUAAGCAGCUGGGUGCUUACUCACCCAUAGUGCUGCUCAACACGCUGCUCUUCUUCUGCACCAAAACCUUCCACUUAACUACUCUGGCUCAGCACCAAAGUCUGUCCUUUGUCAACUUCACUCGACGCUCCAAGCCCUGCAGCCGAACCGGAAAAGUCCACUACCUCCAGUUCCAGAGGAGCGGCUCUGCCACGCCCAGCCGGGAAGACACAGAGCGCCACAGAAGAAGGCAGACAGAGAAUGAGGGAAGCGUGGAAAUGCUGGGAAAUUUCACCAACCCUCUCCACUGUCCUGUCAGACUCUACGAGUUCUACCUCUCUAGAUGCCCAGAGUCAGUGAAGAAGAGAUCCGAUGUGUUUUACCUCCAGCCUGAACAGAUUGUCCACACACACAGUUCGCACUGGUACACUUCUCAGCCGUUAGAGGGAGCCACUCUACAGAGCAUGCUCACACGCAUCUUGGCCGUCAGGGAGGUGAACCAGGCGCAGGGAGCAGCCCAGCAUCAGCCCUCCGCCCCCACUGCUGACAGCAGCUUCCAGUGAGGUUAAACCUGCCUGCCUCCACAUGAGCUUACACCCAUCGGUCAUUUCAGACUGAGGCUGACAGGUCUGUCAAACGGUGGGGUUCAUGAACGGACCCUCCAGCUUUGAAAGAAAGAACAGACAGAGAUAUGAUAAAAAAGAGACUCUUUCAUAAAGAGAAUUUUUAAGAACUGAGAUAAGUGUAUUUAGUUACCUCAGUGGCCAUCUCCUCCUCAUAUACAUGAGUUUACACACUGAUGUCGUCAGUGAUACUGUUGAACAUGGAAAAUGGAAAGUUAAUGAGUCCAUUGUUAUUGCAGCACUCAUCACAUGUGGUGGGACUUCAUUUACUACCUGUAAUGGUCAAGGCCAAACCUGUCAGAUGUUCCGGUUAUCAUCAGACCAGUGAAAACAGUCAGAGCUGCUGUGAACAAGGAGAGGGCUCUUUUACUGUCGUCAUGGUCCCUCUGUACUGGUUCAAGUUGUGACCAGAGCUUUUUAGGCUGGAACUACAAUUUUGAGGAUUGAUGUGAAGAAAAAAAAAUCAAAGCCUAAAAGAAAGACAUGUUGAGCAGGUUGGAUUUUUCAGUCGUGUGAAGCUACACACAACUUCACGUCACUGGUUUAGGUGAAGCACAUCCGACAGAUUCUGACAAAUUAAAGAUUCAAUAUGUAACUAAAUCUGCAUCAUAUUCAUCUCAUUAGAGGUGGAGGACAUCUGGCAUUUGAAUAAAAGCCCAAAUGUAAUAUGUUGUUAAAUCAAUAUAUAUACCAGUGUAACCCUUUUUGUAAUGACACUCACAGUGCCUCUCAAUUUUUGUUCUUUCAUUUUUAACAAGUUAUCACUUUUUAUUUUGUUCCUCUUUUAUAUUCUUCAUCCUUUGUGGCCUUAUUUCUCGUCUCCUGUCUUUCACUUUCAAUGUUGAUAUGAGUUUGUCCCCCUUUUUUUCCUCCAGGGUUUCCUCAGAUCGACUUAUUCCCUCCAGCAGUGGUGUAUGUACGUCUUCUUUCAUUCCCUUUAUGUCUCUGUCUUCCCAACAGUGCCAUCGUUUCCUCUCUCUCUUUGUUUGGCUUUUUUCCAAUUUGUGUCUGUUCUUAAAUCCUGGGAUUUGAAAAAAACAGCACACAACUUAACGCAAUUGCAAACUCCUUUCUUAACCCAAAAGCCUGAGGUUUCCCGUAAUAUAACUUGGUCUGUAUGAUUUAUGGUGUAGUAUGAUUCUCAUUGACUAUAUAUAUAAUGUCAAGAAAGCAUUAUGACAACGUGCCUAUCAGUUGUUUUUAAUCAACCCUGUAAACCUAAGAGAAAUCGGUAUAGUCUGAAUUGGUUGACACAGUUCUCACUUCAUACACAUAACCUUGUGUAAGUUAAAUGCACAUUUAUUCUUUGCCAUUUCAUAGAUUUGUGGAUUGUAUAUUGGAUUAAAAAUCAUUAAAUCUCAAGAAAAAUGUACGAUUUCCCCCCAAAAUAACUAUUUGUUCUUUUUUUGUGAUGAUAAAUACUCCUUUGUUGUUUUUGUAUGUUUUGUCAUGGAGGCCAAUGUGCCUUUAGUUUUGCCUCAUGUUCAUAUUUGAUAUAUAAUCCCUGUUACAGUGUAAAGGAGAUAACAGCACUACACCUCACUCCAGGGCUCCAAGCUAACAGUUCUGACAGAUGGUGGGCCAUCGGCUGGAUUCAGACACAACAUACACACUGUCGCUGCUGCUCUCUGAAACGCUCUCAGUAGAUUGUUCAGGAAGACAGUGGGUCGUUUUAUUGUCAUGCACAAAAGGCUGAGUCUCCAUUAAGUAUUAAAUUUCAUCUUAUUCCUUCUUUUACUCAGUUGCAAGGUGGAGGAUUUCUGUUGAAGGCAUGGGGGAAGUGAAAUGUGAUAUUGAAAGGGUCAUUGAACUUUGUGCAUUUUUGGAACAUUG